UUUGGUGGCAGACGGAGGCAGGUUGUCAGUCUGUGUUAAAGGUAGUUCGCCUUUCAGUCAAUCCCCGGCUUUUGUCUCUUCAGCCUGAAGAUUCGGCGUCGUUAGUCGUCUCCACAAUGAAACGACUUUGGCUCAUAGGUCUCCUGUUUGCACUCUGUGCCUUUGCUUCUGUAAAGGCAGAAGAUGAAGUUGACAUCGAUGGGACGGUAGAGGAUGAUCUGGGUAAAAGCAGGGACGGCUCAAAAACGGAUGAUGAGGUGGUGCAGAGAGAGGAGGAGGCUAUCCAGCUGGAUGGACUGAAUGCCGCUCAGAUUAAGGAACUAAGAGAAAAAUCUGAGAAACAUGCUUUUAAGGCUGAAGUCAACCGUAUGAUGAAGCUUAUUAUCAACUCCCUCUACAAGAACAAGGAGAUCUUCCUUAGGGAGCUCAUUUCCAAUGCGUCAGAUGCUCUGGAUAAGAUCCGCUUGUUGUCUUUGACCAAUGAAGAUGCAAUGGCCGCAAAUGAAGAGCUGACCAUCAAAAUAAAAUCUGAUAAAGAGAAGAAUAUGCUCCACAUCACUGACACUGGUAUUGGAAUGACCAAAGAGGAGCUGGUGAAGAACCUGGGCACCAUCGCCAAGUCUGGCACCAGCGAGUUCCUCAACAAGAUGACAGAGAUGCAGUCUGAGGGACAGUCUACCUCUGAGCUGAUUGGCCAAUUUGGCGUCGGUUUCUACUCUGCUUUCCUCGUCGCUGAUAAAGUCAUUGUGACAUCAAAGCACAACAAUGGCACCCAAAACAUCUGGGAGUCUGACUCUAACCAGUUCGCGGUCAGUGAGGAUCCCCGUGGGGACACUCUUGGCAGAGGAACCACCAUCACGUUGGUCCUGAAAGAGGAGGCCUCAGACUAUCUGGAGCUGGAGACCAUCAAGAACCUUGUCAGGAAAUACUCUCAGUUCAUCAACUUCCCCAUCUAUGUUUGGGCCAGCAAGACUGAGUCAGUUGAGGAGCCAAUUGAGGACGAUGGUGAGGCAGCAGAAGAACCAGAGAAAGAGACUGAAGAUGAGGCUGAGGUAGAAGAAGAGGAGGAGGACAAAGAGAAACCAAAAACAAAGAAGGUUGAGAAGACCGUGUGGGACUGGGAACUGAUGAACGAUAUCAAGCCCAUCUGGCAGAGACCAGCUAAGGAGGUUGAGGAGGAUGAAUAUACGGCUUUCUAUAAGACGUUCUCAAAGGACAGCGAUGACCCUCUGGCCCACAUCCACUUCACAGCUGAGGGUGAGGUAACGUUCAAGUCCAUCCUUUUUGUGCCCAACUCGGCUCCCCGAGGCCUGUUUGACGAGUAUGGCUCCAAGAAGAACGACUACAUCAAGCUAUUUGUCAGAAGAGUUUUCAUCACAGAUGACUUCAACGACAUGAUGCCCAAGUACCUGAAUUUCGUUAGGGGAGUGGUUGACUCUGAUGACCUCCCUCUGAACGUCUCCAGAGAGACUCUGCAGCAGCACAAACUGCUCAAGGUCAUCCGUAAGAAGCUUGUGCGCAAAACCUUGGACAUGAUCAAGAAGAUAGCAGAGGAACACUACAACGAUAAGUUCUGGAAGGAGUUUGGAACCAACAUCAAGCUGGGUGUCAUUGAGGAUCACUCCAACAGGACACGUCUGGCCAAACUGCUGCGCUUCCAGACCUCCAACAGUGAGAAAGAUGUGACCAGUCUCGAGCAGUAUGUGGAACGGAUGAAGGAGAAGCAGGACAAGAUCUACUUCAUGGCUGGUAAAAGCAGGAAAGAGGCUGAGUCUUCUCCCUUUGUUGAGCGGCUGCUGAAAAAGGGCUAUGAGGUGGUCUACCUGACGGAGCCUGUGGACGAGUACUGCAUCCAGGCACUGCCCGAGUUUGACGGAAAACGUUUCCAGAACGUGGCAAAGGAAGGCAUCAAAUUUGAUGAGAGUGAGAAGGCCAAGGAAAAGAGAGAGGCCCUGGAGAAAGAGUAUGAACCUCUUACCACUUGGCUGAAGGACAAACCCCUUAAGGACAAGAUUGAGAAGGCCGUCCUCUCGCAGAGGCUCACCCAGUCACCCUGUGCUCUGGUUGCCAGUCAGUAUGGCUGGUCAGGAAACAUGGAGAGGAUCAUGACGGCACAGGCCUACCAGACAGGAAAAGACAUUUCAACAAAUUACUACGCGAGUCAGAAGAAAACAUUAGAAAUCAACCCUAAACAUCCUCUCAUCAAGCAGAUGCUUAACAGAGUCAAUAAUGAUGCUGAGGACCAGACCGCUUCAGAUCUGGCUGUGGUUCUGUUUGAGUCGGCCACGCUGCGCUCGGGCUACCAGCUGCCUGACACAAAGGCUUUUGCAGACAGGAUAGAGCGCAUGCUUCGACUCAGCAUGGACGUUCCCCUGGAAGAACAGAUUGAAGAAGAGGUUGAAGAGGAACCCGAGGAGGAACCCGAGGAGGAGCCUGAGGAGGAGCCAGCGGAUGACUCUGAAGAUAAAGGAGAAAUUAUAGAUGAGGAAGAUGAUGAAGAAACGACAAAAAGGGACAGAAUUGAACUGUGAAGCACUGAAUGGAAGAGCACGAACAAUGGAGCUGGAAGCAGGAUUUGACUGUUGUUCCAGUGCCUCUGUGGUUGUUUUCUUGGGUGGGGGGUCCUAGGGUUGGGUUUUUUAAGGCGAGCAUUUUGUUGUUUUUUUUUUUUUUACAUUCCUCAUGACUGUAAAUUUGUUAAUAUUUAACUGACUUGUUUAUGGAAAGAUGCAAUCCUGUCUCUUGAUCGAAUAAAUGUUUCUUGGAAAAUU